AUGAUUUCAAAUGAAGAUUCUGCGUCAAGUAAUUCAACUGACGAUACAUUUUUACCAAAUCCUUCCAAACGAUGUCGAAUGUUGUCAGAUAGUGAGGAAAGUUCCUCGAGCAGUUUGUCUGAUAUGAUAAUAUCAUCUUCAGUACGUCGCCGUCGAAUUGAAUCAGAUAGUAAAAGUGAAGUUGAAGAUGACGGCAAUAAUGAAAAUAAUACACAAGAAGAAGUGCGUGAUACAAAUUGGCAUAUUCCUUCGUGUAAUCAAGCAAAGAAUGAAAUAUUACGCGUAGAUGAAUCAUUGGUGCCCUUCCGAGGCCACAUAAUAUUUCGACAAUAUUUGAAACAAAAACGGCAUCGAUAUGGAAUUAAAGUUUUUAAAUUAUGCGGUGGUGCAGGAUACACUUAUUCUUUCAAAAUAUACACGGGAAAAGAAAAAAAUAGAGAUAAAACAGCAGGAAACUUAUCGUCCGAGAUCGUAAUGUCUCUCUGCAAAGAUAUAUUGGGUAAAAGCCAUACUGUCUGGACAGACAAUUGGUAUACGAGUGUUGAUCUGGCGGAAAAAUUAAUCACAAGGAACACACAUUUAGUGGGUACCCUAAGAAAAAAUCGACGAGGAAAUUCAGUAGAAGUAGUAUCCAAAAAACUAAAACGUGGAGAACUCAUUGCUCGCGAAAAUAAAUCAAGUAUAACGAUAUUAAAAUGGAUAGAUAAGAGAGACGUAUUGAUGCUUUCAACGAAACAUUCGGCAGAAAUGACUACUGUACAUAAGAAAUUCUAUUCGUGUGAAAAACCAAAAAUGGUUUUGGAAUACAAUCUAGGAAAAUCAUCAGUCGAUUUAUCGGAUCAAAUGAUAGCGUAUAGUUCACUACUACGUAAAACUUUAAAGUGGUAUAAAAAAUUAGCAAUAGAACUGUUAUUGAAUACAUGUAUGGUAAAUGCAAUGGUAUUAUUCAAACAGUUUAAUCCUGGAUUAGUUAAUAUGAUCUGUAUGAUAAGUUGUGAAGUGGAGGUGAAUCUAAUAGUAAGGUUUGUAUAA